UCAGUAGCAGAUUAGCAGCCUCUGCCGUGCAGCUCCUUCGCAGAAGCCUGACGGCGGCUGCUGGGCACCUCGGCACCGUGCUGCGCCACGUCUGGGAGCGGAUCAGUUCCAAGGAGUCCAAGGAGGCCAUCCUGGGCUGCGUCCUGUGCAUUCUGAACAUGCACAAGAAGGUGGACAACUAAAUUCGAGAAGAACGAGUAUAGCUUGGACUUUUUAAUUUGUGAUUUAGAACGAACCAUGUCGGAGAGCAUUGCCAGGAAAAUCCAGCCGUUCACCAUCGGGACCAAACUCUCGGCGCCGGCCGUGCCAAAGUGCUCGGACUUUCCCGAUGGUUUUCUUCCGAAUCAGACAUUCUCAGAUAACUGCAAACUGAGGCACCUGAACGAACAGGUGUCUCUUUAUCUUGGCCGCGACAGGCACUGCGGACCUGCGGCGAAGCAUCGGCGUGAAGAGAUGUCCGACGACCACCUGAACCGAAACACAGUCUCCCCACCGAACACUGCAUCCAGGUCCAUUCGUAAGAUCACCAUCUCCAGCCGAAUGGAGGCUGCGAAAGACAGACUGACUCCAGGGAUGGAGCUGAAGAAAAUAAGAGCAAACUCUGAGAAUAUUAAUAACAAUAACAACAUCACAUCCGUCAACACGCAGCUGCCUAAAAUAGUGGGUGUCAGCUAUGAGAAUAAACCCAGCUCACAGUUCAAGGUGUUGCUGUGUAAAGAUGGUGAAAAGCAGUGCAGUGGUGACCAAGAGAAAUUCGCUUCUUCUCCACAGGAUGUGGUGGACAGUCUGUCCUGCGAGCAUAAGGAUGUGUGCUUGGUUUCAAAAGUCUCAUCGGUGCAAAAUGAGCACAGUUUUACCCAUCAAAACGCCAUCUUCAAUAAAGAGAUCACUCAGGCAGAGACAUGGAUCCGAGUGAAGCUGCGAGACCUGAGGGACGCCAGUAACGUCCAUAGAUGUCCUCUGACCGACUGGGAGGAACUUUGUCAAACCCUCCAGAGAGAUUUGAGGGACUUUGAGAACACCGUCAUACAACUCAACCAGGUUAGCACAAACCGUCUUCAUCAGGAGAGUAAAAGAUUGAUGAAUCCUCGUCAGGUUUCAACAGGUCCCUCGGCCAAAAUCAACAAAAGAACUUUGAGGAGACCUGCAGAGCCUCGGAAAGCUUUUUGUGAGACGUCCAAAAUCACACAAAAUAUCAACUUUUAUACGUGUCAGCAGGAGCAGGAACAAUCGCUGGCCAACAUCCUUGGGGAAAACACUGACAAGAUGCAGCUUACCAGGAAGAUACUGGAUUUGAAACAGGAUGAGCAGCUAUAUCAUAAUCUUCAUGAGGAGAUCAAUCAUAUGACCCUCAGACUGGAAAAACAGGGGAAGACUGAAGGAAAGACCAUCUCAACCCGCAGGAAACACAUCAACAAAAUGUGGCUGAAGGCUCAGUCGCACUUAAAGGAAUAUCACGAGAAUCUUCAGCUUGCCCUCGAAGUCUCGUCCUUCUACCAGCAGGCCGAUAACAUUGUCUGUUCCAUCAGCAACAUGAGAAAAGGCCUCUCAGCAAGCAACGGAGUGGAAAACGCCAGAGACGGGGAAAUUCGGGACAUUGCCAGUCAAAUCAUGGUGCGCGAUCCAAAAUUCACAUCCCAUUAUAGUCACACGAGGAGCCGUGCUGUGAAACACGCUGACCCUAAACGCGUUAGUUCACGGUCCAGCUCCAUAAAGACUGGAUUUUUUUUCCCGAUCAGGAACGAAAAGGCAGCUCAGCUCCCCUCCACCUCCUCGUUAACCAGGGACAGCAGUGACCCUGAAACCCCGAGCCAAGAGUCGCCCGGCAGCGUGGGAACAGACCCACACAGGAUUAUGGGAAAGGAGGUUAAAGAGGAACAAAAUCGUCUGAAGGGGUUUACGGCCGGGAGAGACGCCGAGCGCUGCGGGAAGCCCUCAGACAGCCGGGAUGCAGGAGAGAUGGCAGCCCUCAAACUCCACACGGCCGCUGAAAGCGGGAACGUGCCGAGGCCCGAGUCCAGCGGCCACACACUGCUCCACACGCAACUCCAGAAGUUCACCGUUUCUGCAGACAAGACUCUCUCCUGGCUCAAAGACAGCGUUGCGAUGGCCACUCAGAUCUGCAGUUUGGCCGGAACGAACGGUUUUGAAGCAGCCAAGAGGCGUCAGGCCUCACUGGAACAGGAUAUCCUGUCCAACAGAGCCAGGAUAGAGCUGGUCAAGAAGGAGGGUUACAGUCUGGUGAGGGCUCAGCAUCCGGGCAGCAUCAAGAUCCAGGAGUUUCUGAGUCAGCUGGAGGUUCUGUGGGACGAGCUGAAGAGAAGGCAUGAGAGGAACGGUCUGGUCCUGAAGAUCUCAGAGGAGCUCAACUAUAGGGUGGUGCGGAUGCUGCAGUCUCUGGCCAGUCUGGAGGCGUGGUUGGAGGCGGUGGAGCUGUCCAUCAGGCAGACAUCUCUGGCUGGAGACCCCGAGUCCGUGAGCGUGGUGGAGCAAGAGAGCUGCCAGCUGGAGCAGGAGCUGGAGGCCAGACGUCUGGAGCUGCAGAACCUCAGACAGGAAGUAGAUCAUCUGAGCAGUCAAAGACAUCUUCACACUCCGCUGCUUCCUGCACGCCUGAAGGACGUGGAAAUGAAGUUCAGCAGUGUGCAGAUGGCGCUGACCCAGCAGAGCUCAGAGCUGAAGGACACGCGGAUGCUCACGGAGUUCCUGGAGAAGCUGGAGCUCGAGGAAAGUCACUACAGCACCCUGGGACAGCCGCUGUGCAGUGAGCUUGACUCUGGACCGUCUCUUCUGGGCUUGCCGGUGAGCAGACAUGACGAGCCCCUGAUGCAAGCCAUUGGGAACCCUGUGAAGGAGCUCAGAGAAGCAGUGGAGAUGCUCAAUGACACGGCGCGGGAGAGGGGCCGCUCGCAGUCACAUGACCAGAGCAUCCAGGAGCUCCUCACCAGGCAUGCCAUGGUGUCAGCGCACGUGGAGCAGUGUCUGCAGCGCUGUGCGGAGCUCGCCGUAGAUGUGCUGGAGAUUGAAAGUGAGAUGGCUGUGAGAUGUGAGCCGGAUCGCUGUGGUCUGGAUGACCUGCAGGAGUACCAGGACCAGCUGGAGGCUGAAUACGGGGUCUUGAAGGAGGAGGUGGAGGCCAUGGCGAGUCUGGCGAGCUGUUUGUCAGACGUGUGUCCGGAGAGGAUGAACGCUGUAGGGACUGAGAUUCAGACCAGCCUGAACGCCUGGGACGAGCUCGGCAAAAGUGUGGCCGAAAACAAGAAGAGACUCCUGCAGUUUGGACACCUGCGCCAUUUCUUUAGGAACUACCUGGCAAUGAUCUCUUGGACAGAAGACACCCGCUCCUGCAUUUUCUCAGAAAGCGCUCUGCGUCAAAGCCGAGAGAACCAGGAGCCUCUGGUUGAGGUUCUGGAUCGGCAGAUAGAGCAGAAGUUCGAGGAGUUUGAUCAGCUCGCCGUGGCUGGAAAAAACCUCUUUGAUGACGAGCAUCACCUCAACACAAUGAUCAGAGAGAGGAUGGAGGAGCUGAGGAGCAUGCUGGGAUGGAUCCUGGUUCACUGGAGGGCUCAGAAGGAUCAGCUGUUGAGCAGACAGAAGGCUGAAGAAGCUCAAACAGACGCUAUUUACUCCGAGGCCAUGGCCUGCAGCCCACAAACACAGGUGGAAACCUCACCCGAGGUCUCUCAGAAGACAACAGAAAGCCUCACAAGCGCUCCCCCUGGUGACACGGAGGAUGGUUUGCAGCACAGUUAUGGAUAUGAGGUGAUGCAAAGUGUCAGUUCUAAAGGAAGCGAUGACAGCAGUCAUUUACAGAGGCCGGAUUCACCGUACCUGGUGCUAAAGGAACCCAGUCCCUCAGCUUUAGGAGCCACCGUCAACCUCAUCCUCAGCUUCAGUAACUCUGGAGACACACAAAUCCAGGUACAGGCGCCUGGCAGGGAAGGUGGUGUGCCGGUGCCCGAACCUGUGCACAGGCCUGCUGAGUCUCACUCUUCUGCCUGUAAAGGCUUUUGGAAGCGCUGCCAGGGGCUUUUUGGUAGUUUAAAGCGAAAGACAAAGAUUUAUCGACACAGUGCAGAAGAGGUAAGUACUUACUUGCAUGUUACGGAAAACAACACGGCAGUGUAUGAGAGUAUGGCGCUUCCCCAAGACAAAGCUCCAAGGCCCUCCUCCUCCUCUCCCAGGACCUCCCUGUAUGCUCUCUCCUCUCCUUGCACCUCCCCAUACUCCUCGUCCUCCAUCGAAGACACACUUCAGCAGGCCAACAACCUGCUGCCAAAGAAUGGCAACAUCUCAAUCUUUAGCAGCCUGAAGAGGAAGGGCAAGAAGGCCAAGAAGAAGAAAGAUGACCGUAGACACACCAUUCAGAAGAUCAUGGGAGAGGAUCUGUCAGAGGAGGCUGAUUUGCCACCUGUACGUGAACCGGUGACAUACGAUACACAUACUUGGCCCCUGAAGGAAAGGAAGAAGCGGAAAAAUGCAAGGAAACCAAACAGCGAUGGGACUCAGGUCUUGGACUACAUAAAGAACCCUUUAGUGAAAGACAUAGAUGCAGAAUGUUCUGGAGAGGUUGGAUCUCCAGUUCACAGCACCUUAGAGGUUGCCACCCAAGGACAUGUGAAGAACCACUGCAGAUUUCUGUCCUUGGGCUCUGUGUUAAGCUUCGACCUGCCCAAGGAUAUGAGCCUUAUCCCUAGUAUUCAAGAUGUCAUUACAAUUGGCCCUCCUGAGCAAAAGAAGACAGACUCUCAUCACCAGGACUCUCAGGUUGAUCGUUUGACAGCUCUGAGCACCUUUAAAACGGUCCGCUCUCGUCCAAUGCAAAAAGAAGAGCGCAAACAAAUUUCUCCAGGUGAAGUAACCCUUAAGAUUGAUUGUAAAGACUCCAAAAAGAUCAGCAUUGACAAGGUUUCAUUUACUGAAGAUGAAUAUCCUCCUCCACCUUCUCCAGUUGUUGAAGACAUCUCAUUUGAGGAGAAUCAUCCCUCAUCACUCAGUGAUCUGACCAAUAUUCAACAGAAACAUCUGUCUGGGAUCAGUAUAGUACCCAAAGAAGAGGAAGUUAGUUGGAACGCAAAUGCAACUCAACUUGAGAAUCCCUAUGUAAGUCCUCCAGAAGAUGCAAUCCAGGGUAUAGCCAACCACUGCUCAACUAUGGCAGAGAUUCAUGUAUGUCCUAGCGUCCAUACCUUGGUUCACAAUCUUAAUGGACACAUGUUCCAUAGGCCAGCAAAGAACUCCAGCACUCAACAGUUAAGUCCCAGCCAUGCAUCUCAUGUAGUGUUGAACUUCAGAGCCAAUGGAAGAGAGGACUCAGUGGACUCUGGUCACUCCAGCUCUGGAAGCUUCAAGUUAUGUGCUGAGGGUCCACACGUAGACUCCUCAGACUGUCCAGUGCCCAAGAAAACCAUUGGGAAGGUACCAUCCCUGGAUGCAGGAGUGUCCAACAAGAACUUUGAGUUCUCCAAGGACAAGAGCAUUACCUUAUCUAUCGACAUUGAUGAUCCAGUUCAUCCUGACCAUCAACAGUUUGAACAGGAAGAGGAGGAGCUGGAGGACAUCUGGAACCACACCAACAGCUACAGAGAGAGUCUAAACUCUGACAUCAUGUAUAAUGGCUACCAGGCCACCUCUUCUCUAGACCAGCACAGGGAACCCUCACCCAAAGAACAAGCAGUGCUCUUCAGGAAGUUGGUCACAGCCUCUGCACCCAACCUUCUUGUGGCGGAGUUCAGACUGCCACCAUCUGUCCAGACUAUGGUGGGUUCUGGGAAGCAGCAGAACCCAAGGGAAGAAAGGCCAAUUCUGGAUAAAGGAGACAGAAGGUCUUGGGCUGCAUUCACUCAACAGGAACAGGUUUACAAACAAGUGGCUGUAAAUGAAACGGCUUCGGAUAUGGUGAAACUACCUGAAAUACAGGACCAGCAAAAGUAUAUCUACCAUUAUAGAGAGGAGGAGGAGGAGGAGGAGGAGGAGGAGGAGAAGGAAACAGGUUUUCUGAAGGACCAAUCCAUGAGCCACCUGUCUGUUCAUAUGGGAUUGGAUGGGACCAAUGACAAUGAUAUCCAAACUGGAAGACAAGAACUGGAACUGCCAUCUAUGGAAGGUACACUGGAGAGAAAACACAGACUACAACUGGGUGGAAAGAAGGCACCAUGCAGGGCGUGGAACUCCUAUCAUGCUGUGCUAUACAAACAAACUAUAUGUUUCUAUCAGGAUAGGAAAGAUACACUCAAGAGCUGUGUGACCAGCCUUCCUCUGAACCUAGUUGGAGCGGUGUGUGAACCGUCGUCAGAGUACACCAAAAAACCCAACUGCUUCUGCUUGAGAUUGCGGGAUGGAUCUGAGUAUCUCCUCAGUGCAUCGUCCCGAUUUAUGAUGAAGAAAUGGAUCCUUAGAAUCCAAGCACACACUGUGUCUAGUGAUUCUGUAGUGAACAGAUCAACAUGUCAUGGGUCUUCAGCUUCAGCGACGCUCCCUAGACAUUCUCUUGCUAUCACCGGCUGUCAGUGUGGAGAUAAAUGUCACUGCUCCAUGAGAAAUUAUGUCACCACCACCGUUUUAGCACAGAGUCAGCCCGCCUCAGGCCGAACCAAAGAGAUCAUAGUUCACACCAGUGACGCUCUGCAGAUCCACCAAAGGCAUCAGGAUCCGUUGCUCCCCUCGUUCUCAGAUGCGGGUCAUUGUGAGGAUGAGUUUGACUCUCAUGGUGAGUCUCUGAGCCAGAAACCGUCCUCUAUGUCCACCAUUCAGGGCUGGACCAGCGAAAAGAGACGCUCACACUCCUUUACCUCAGCCACAUAUCAGAGGAUCAAGCCUGUAGCGCCUCCUUCAGGCAAAGGCCAGGACAGCAGCUCCAGCUACUCAGUGACUCUGUUCAUCGGAGAUGGUGAGAUGCCGGCAAUCUGUAAAAGCACAGCGACAGCCUCACCAAACAGCGUCCGGCAGGAGCCCUUCUCCGAUCUGCCCAUGAGAAGCUACAUGAGCCUCCCGCGACCCCCCAACAAAUCCGUCUUCAGGAAGUUCUUUGGGAAAAAGGAGUGACGGACACUCUCUGUGACACUGCAGGUCAAAGACCCUGACUGACAUGUGCAGGACACAAGUUCAAAACAUUUUUCUUACAUUUAUUUAUGGAUAUCUGAUGGAGAACCAUUUGUGUAUACUUUUUUUGAAUGAGAUCUUGUAUGAUUGUGUUGCUGCAAGAUGUGUAAUGUUCACUCCUACAACUUCUCACGUCAUCAGCCGAUUAUGGAUGGUUUAGUCAAAAAUGAAAAUCAUUUCAUCAUUUACUCACCUUCGUGUUGUUCCAAACCCAUAUGACUCUUUCUUUAAUGAAACAUUGUGCAUUUUGCUGCACUUUUAUCCAAAACAAAUUAGGAAGAAGAACAAAAGAAAUUUGAUCACUGAGCCAAUAUUCGUAAUUUGCAACACCAGCAGGUUUAUUAGACUAUUUAGAAGCAAGCUAGAGAAGAGGAGAAAUGCAGAGAAGAAAAAAGCUGAAAUAUUUAAAGUACAGUGACGUCUGCCAAGCUCAAAAACACACCACAGACGUAUUAGAACAAUAGUGCUUAUGACUCAUCCACUAUAUACCAAUUGCUCUGAAGUCAUAAAACAGCUUUGUGUGAGAAACGGACCCAUAUUUAAGUCGUUACUCUCUACCCAAACAUUUUAAUAUGAAGGUCCAAAAAUCAAACUUCAUUGAGGGCUGUGGGCCAAAAGUAAAUGCAUUAUACCCUAGCUAUAUUAUAUUGGUAUAUUAAAUUAAAUUACAUCAUAUAUUGGUCUAUUAAAUCCAACUAAAUUAUUUUUUAAAGAUUUUAUCUUUGGCAUUUUUCCACUUUUUAUUCGGACAGGACAGCCUUUAGACAGGAAGUGAAGUGGGAGAAAGAGAGGGGGCAGUGGCGGGAAAGGUCCGCAAGCUGGGACUCAAACUCGGGACGCCCGAAGCACAGUGGCGCUACACGUCAGCACGAUGCCCACGAGGCUAUUGGCACAGACUAAACCAACUAUAUUAU